AUGGAAAAUAAGGGAGUCUACGAACUGUACGCAAAACAACAAGACGUGUUGACUGACGCGAUGAAACAAAGACAACCCUUUUCGAUUGCUUCUGAAACGGACGACGAUGAUUUUUGGAAGGUCGUCAUUUUUGAUCAAUUCAAUUGCGAUUUACUCUCAUUGCAACUCCGAGUUGGGGAAGUUAGGAAAUAUGGCGUAACUUUGAUGCUACACAUCGACAAUCCACGACAACCACUUGAGGAUGUCCCAGCUAUAUAUUUUGUCGAACCAACGAAGCGAAAUGUUGACAGUAUACUCUCUGACACAAAGAGUGGGAAGUAUGCAAAAUUCACAAUUUGUUUUUCGUCGGUCAUUUCCGAUGAAUUGCUCGACUACUUUGCAACAAAUAGCGCCGCACAACAUACUGAUACUUUAAUUAAAAAUAUUCGAGAUAUGUAUAUUCAUUAUCACGUCUUGGAACCACACCUGUUUACUCUAUCGAUGGAGAACUCAUACUGUGCGUUCAAUAACCAAAAGGUUGACGAGAAAACGGGAUUAGAGAAUAUAUCAACGGUCGUGAAUUCAUUAAUGAGUGUGUGUGUCACGUUGCGAGAGGUUCCAAUCAUUCGUGCACGUGGAGGAAGUUUGGAGGAUGUCAUUGCACGACAACUGACACAACGCCUUCACAAAUUUAGUGCUGCAAAUCCAACGUUUUUCAGAAGAGGAGUUUCGACAAGGCCAAUUUUACUCAUCACAAACAGAAACCACGACAUUUCAGCAGGACUUUUGCAUGGAUGGAACUACCAAGCACUCAUAAAAGAGGUUACUGAGUACCAAUUAAAUCGUGUACUGUUAGAUGGGAAGUGGGAGGAUAUUGAAACAGAGGGCGAGUUUUGGAAAGGGUGCAAAGCUUCGAUCAUUCCCGACGUCACGGACGCAAUUCAAAAAAAGACAAAAGAGUUGGUGACUGAAAAGGAGAAGUUCCAGAUUGUAGCUAACAGCUUUGGACUCAGUUUUGAUGAGCAAGCGGAUAUUAACACGGUGAGCGAAGAAGACAAGAAAAAGCUUCAAGGCCAAGGAAUGGCAAAAUAUGGAGAACAGAUGACACAAAUUCGUGCAUUGAAAAAGGAAAUUGAUUUACACACUGCAAUUGCAAGACUUGUCGUCGAACAAAUCAAACAGAGAGAAAUCGAUUUACUCUUUUCAUAUGAAGAUAAUGUUAUGUCGGGUAUCCAAGUCGAACAAGAAGCACUCCUCAAUUUUGCUGCGAGAAUUACUAACACCACAGACUUGGCUCGACUUUUUUAUAUUUACUUACUGAAUACUCAAGACGUCAGCGCACUGAAAAAAGUCGUUGAAGCAGGAAAAGUUGAUUUGAAGGCGUUAGACUAUAUGAAAAAAUUGAAACAAACACAAGAAUACCUUCAUUUGACAAAAGACAAAAAGAAGGAAGUUGGGUUUGCGUCGAUGAUCAGCAUGGUCGGCAAAGUUGUUCAAAGACUUAUUCCCAUGGAUAAGAAUAUGGCAGUGACUGUGUUGGUAGACACACUGACUGAGUGUAAACAGAAUGAACUUGAGAACGAGUACAAUUAUUACGACCCAAGAAGUUCAACGGAGAAUGUAGUCGAUGGACGCCGUACAAUCCAAUUUAAAGACUCUAUUGUGUUUGUCGUUGGUGGAGGGAAUUACACUGAGUUUUCGAACAUUCAACAGUAUGCCGAGAGAAAUGGGAAACAUGUGUUAUAUGGAGCCACUGAAAUGUUUGGUGGAAAAGAGUUAUUAGAGCAAAUAGAGAUGAUUAUUUGA